AUGGAAUUAGUCCUGGACGACUUGCCGGCGUUAAUCUUCUCAGCCGGAAGCUCCACCACCACCACCACAACAACAACAACAACCGUCAACGACGACAUCAGCUGGGAGGACUGGCUGUCUCCUCAUCUCAACUGGUCCCACGAAGACUUCCACCCUUUCCUCGCCGCCGUCGGCGACCAUUACUUUGCCACCCUACCUCACAACAUCCAAAACCAGUCCUCCAGUACCAGCUCAACCACCACCACUCCGGAAGAGGACCCCACACCUCCCACCAAGUUCCCCAUCGAAUCCAACAAGACGCAGAGGCUUCUCCACCUUCUCACGGCGGCUGCUGAGGCUCUCUCGGGAGACCUCAAUGGUCAAGAUCUCGCUAGAGUGAUAUUGAUUCGGCUCAGGGAAUUACUCUCAACUGAUAACGCUGGUUCCGGCAUUGAGCGCCUCACCAAUCACUUCACCGAAGGGCUCAACGCACUCCUCGACGGUGACGCCACAUUCCCUCGCCGCAGCGAAUCCAACCAAUUUCCCUACCGCCAUUACCCCGCGGCCGAAGUCCUCACGGCUUUCCAAUUGCUUCAGGACAUGUCUCCCAUCGCCAGUUUUGGUCACCUCACUGCCAACCAAGCCAUAAUCGAGGCCGUCGCCGGCGAGUGCCGCGUUCACAUCGUUGAUUACGAUAUAGCGGAGGGAAUACAGUGGGCGUCCCUAAUCCAAGAGAUGGCAUCGAGGAAUGACGGCUUGCCACCGCCACAUCUUAAGAUCACGGCAGUUACGAACGGUAAACGGAGAUCGGCGUCGGCGGCCAAGGAAACAGGAAGAAGACUCUCCGACUUCGCGGCAUCCGUCGGCCAGCCGUUCUCUUUCCGGCUAUGCCGGCUUGACCAACAUAAGCGGUUUCAUCUGGCGGCGGUAAAGUUGGUCAAAGGAGAGCCGGUGGUGGUCAAUUGUGUGCUGAACCCCGGACAGGUCGGCUACGGCCACGGUUCAGUCACCUCAGUUGGCUCUUUCCUCGUCGGCGCCGUGGGGCUCAGAGCCCGGCUAGUCACACUCAUCGAAGAAGAUAUAGGUGCAGCUGCCGGAGAGGAAAAAGGUAGCUUUUUGCGGAGAUUCAUGAUUGAAUUGGAGCGGUACAUGGCGAUCUGGGAGUCGCUGGAAGCAGGGUUCCCGAAGCAGGGGAGGGUUAGGGAAAUGGUGGAGAGGGUGAUACUAGGACCGAGGAUCAUCGGUGCAGUGAGGAGGGCAUACGGAUGGAACGGCAUCCGCGAGCCGAUAGUGGAGGAGUGUGGGGAGUGGAUGGCGGCGGCCGGAUUCGCGAGGGUGGGGUUGAGCUUCUCCAACCUCUGUCAGGCUCGGCUGCUGCUUGGGCUCUUCAAUGAUGGAUACAAAGUAGAAGAUGAUGCGUCAAACAAGCUCUUGCUGAGUUGGAAGUCUCGCCGGCUGCUUUCGGCCUCUGUUUGGACGAUUCCAACGCGGAUGUCACCUUCGCCGUCGCCAUCGCUGGCUAUUUGA